AUAAUAUAUACGGACACGAUCGCUAGACAAUCCCGCCGCAGUCGCGAAUAUUAUCCGUGCCCGUUCGCAUUGAUGCGAUACGACGGAGGAGCAGCAAGUCCGACGCACGUACAGCGAUGGCCGAUUUCGCUUCGGUUAUGCAAACAGUCGACAAGCCGGGGCCGCAACACUCGCGUCCGUCGGCCGACCCCCGGGCGACGGAGAGCCUCCAGCACGACGACCUGAGGCUGUACAAGGCCCGAUGGGUAAUACUGGUCGUGUACAUGCUGUACUCGAUGGCCAACGCCGUGCACUGGAUACAGUACAGCAUCAUAUCCAACAUCACGGUGAAGUUCUACGGCGUGUCAAACUUCGCCAUAGACACCACGUCCACCAUAUACAUGAUCGUGUACGUGCCCCUGGUCGUGCCCGCGUCCUGGGUCCUCGACCGACUGGGUCUUAAAGUAACGAUGGUGUUGGGAGCUGCUGGCACGUGUCUGGGCGCAUGGAUUAAAGUUCUUUCUGCUGUGCCGGGUCGAUUUUUGAUAACGCUGCUGGGACAAGGUUUGGUGGCGUGUUCACAAGCAUUCAUACUGAGUUUACCUUCCAGAUUAGCAGCGGUUUGGUUUGGUUCAACCGAAGUCUCCACCGCUUGUUCUUUAGGAGUUUUCGGAAACCAGCUAGGAGCAGCUCUUGGAUUUUUAAUUCCGCCAAUGAUAGUGCAAGAUAGCGAUAACUUAGAUGAAAUAGGAUAUGAUUUAUGGAAAAUGUUUUUAUCAUUUGCUAUUUUGAAUACUGUUGUAUUCUUUUUAGUUAUUUGGAUCAUACAAGCCGAACCACAAAUAGCGCCAAGUAAUGCUCAAGUUGUACAAAGAAAAAAAAGAGAUGACCCGUCAAUAUUACAAGAUGUAUUCAUGAGCUCAGUUAAAGAAUUGUUAAAAAAUAAUGGUUACGUUUUAUUACUUAUAUCUUACGGAAUUAAUGUUGGUGCGUUUUUUGCUAUAUCAACUUUGCUCAACCAAUUUAUUUUACUUUAUUUUCCGGGCCACGAAGAAGAUGUCGGACGAAUUGGCCUCACGUUAGUGUUAUGUGGCCUAGGUGGUUCGAUUAUAUGUGGAUACAUUCUAGAUAAAACACAUCUCUAUAAAGAGACGACCCUGAUGGUUUACGGCAGUACUUUGAUAUCUAUGUUGAUCUAUACGUUCAGUCUGUCGCAUGGUCAAUCUAUUUGGAUAAUAUACAUUACAGCUUCAUUAUUGGGGUUGUUUAUGACUGGAUAUCUACCCGUCGGUUACGAAUUAGCCAUCGAGUUGACGUACCCAAUUCCCGAAGGCACGUCCAGCGGUCUAUUGAACGGUGGCACCCAACUGAUCGGCUUCAUCCUGACAUCGACUUACAGCUGGGUGUUCAGCACCAUGGGUGAUUUGGCGGCCAACAUGAUGAUCGUCGGAUUAUUGACUUUCGGGUUCUUGUUGACUAUAUUCAUACCGACUGACCUGAAGAGGCAGGCCGCACACAAAGCGAUCGAAGACAAACAAAAAUUGGGAUUUGGACUUUGAAUAAUAUAAUAUGUUAUUUUAUAAGUAAAAUAUUCCAUCGAUUCUUCUAUUGUUACCGGAUUCAUUUAUUGAUGUAUUCUAUUUAUUUUUAAUUCGUUUUAAUUAUAUUUUAUUAUUAUACUAUAA